CAGAAAUCGCUGGUUCAUUCCUUGUGUGUUUUUUUUUUUGGAGCGUGAUUUCCUCUUAGUUUUCAUCGUCUGAUGGAAAAAUCAUCCUGCUAGGGGCCACCUAGCGCCAUGUCCUUCGUUAUCCUGCGCUCUACAGUCAGAUAACACAUCGUUUUCAACAAUUAAGAGGACACUCGCAAACAGCCUCCUCUCCUGAUGGCUUUUUUCCAGCAGCUGAAACUUCUUCUCUGGAAGAAUGGGCUCGCAGUCAUCAGACAGCCACUAUGGUCCCUGACUCUGGUUGUCUGGCCUCUGAUCAUCUUCAUCAUCAUUGCUGUGACGCGCAACCAAUUCCCUCCAGUAAUAAAACAUACAUGUUAUGUGGGACCCAGAAACUUACCCAGCACAGGCUUCUUCCCUUUCCUGCAGACCCUCAUGUGCAACACAGACAGCAACUGUCACAACAAAUCCCGCCUGGUGGACCCAGCUGCAUCAAAGUCAACUGCAAGGUCACUCAACAUGAAGGAUUCUCCACUGUCACAACUGAUUAAGGGGGAAGAGUUUUUCAACUACCCUAUUCCUAAGGGCAUUGGCAAUGAUCCUGCAGCACUGAUUGAUGUCUUAAACAACUUUUUUGGUUCAUCUCACCAAGGAAGCUCCAAUAACGCCUCGUACAUGAACGCAAUGAAUAACACACUUCCUGCUGAUCAGGGGUCCCCAGAGCAAAUGCUGGAGUCAGUGAACCUGUUGAAGAGAGCCAUCUGUUCCCUGACACUGCCCAUGAUAAACAUCACGUCACCCAACAGCAUCUCCUAUGCUGUGGUCACUUUCUGCAGUUCCAACAACACUAUGUUGGAAGUCUCGCUCAACACACUAAACCAGAUACUGACGCAGCUGAUGAUGAAAGAGCCUGAUGAGAUGAUGUCGUUGGCUGGCGUUGCGGUGUUGCUGUUCGAUCAACUGCAAAAUCAGACCUCACUGUGGGAAACCCUUCUUGCCAUUCCCAAGCUCCUCACUUCUGGUUCCAUCGACCAAGGGCUGGACAGCGCUGAUAUCCUACUCACCAACUUACAGGGUUCUCUGCAUGUCAUCGAGAGCAAUUUCCCAGAAGCAGGUGCCUCACUUUCCACGGUGCAUCCACUGCUUGCAGGAGGCAUCAACUUCAUCAACUAUGCUCAAAACUGGCCCGGCAGAGAUGUGUCCAUUUCCCUUGGAGCGGUUGUCACAUUGCAGAAUGACUCACUAAGUGAAAUGGUGAAAACUCUAUUACAAAACAUCAAAAUACCCCUGGACAAGGCUAUUGGCCUGACAUUGGACAGAAGCAUGGCACGUUCGUACUUGUGUGACAACAGCAGCAACCCGAUGUGGAUAACAGCAGCGUGCAGCACCGGCACAGUGGACAUGCUUCUGGGUUGGAUCAGCCCUGAUAAGUUGGCGAAGCAGGCUCUCCUGGUGUGGAGUAAGCACGUUGCCCCUCACGACGUGUCCUAUGCAAAAGGGCUGCUGCACAGUCUGAUGGGAACGUUAUCUCCAGGUGGACAGGAAGUUUCCAGCAACACAAGGACCAGGCGUAGCUUAGAGACACAACCACAAAACAUUGAGGAGGAGUUGUUUUUGGGAGUCGGUCAAGUGGUGUUGGAGAUUAUAAAAAGUGUUCCAGAGCUGGAUAUGGUUUUCCAGAGCAUCCUCGGAACAGGCUUCCAGUCCAUGAAUUUUGCGUCACUGUCGCUUGAAAAUAUAGAAGAAUUCAUAGCCAAUGUCCUGAAAGAUGCUGAUAAACUCCAGAUGACUUAUCUGACGUUGCUGAAAGACCAGACCGUGGCAGGCGCUUGGCUUGGUCAAGUCGUGGACAGUGUGAUGGAAGUGAUCAUGAAGAUCCUGUCAACUGAUUCUUUAAAAUGUGAAGAUGUGUUGGGUCCCUUCGAAUGGCUCUUAAACUCAGAGAGCUUAAAGACCGAGGUUUGGAGAUCAAUGAUCUGUCAGAACACCUCUGCAUUACAAGAAGCGCUCCUGCUGGACUGGCAGCCGUUGGUUCAAAAGGCGCAAGACUUAUACGGUGUCCUCACAGGUCAAACACUCUCCAACGUGACACUUCCCAUGAUACUCUCUGAGUGGCACAGGUUGUACAACAACAGUCUGCAGUUCGUUGUGCUUUCCGACAGGCUGACCACGGAACUGGGUGGAGCUUACUGGAUGAACUGGAUGCCAGACAACAGCACUGUUGAUGUUACGGAGACUGUUCUACAAAGUGUUUUCUUUGUCAUGGUGAAUGUUGGAGAAAAGAUUGAGAAGAGUCCGCUGUGGCCUGAGGUAAAGGGCUAUUUUCACAUGCUCUACUGGAUUUCUAACUACAGGCCUGGACUCACAACUCAACCACCAAACUGUUCAAUGAGCUACGAUGGUGCCCUUCAAUGUGAUACUGGUUUGAAAUGGCCCCAGUUUGUUAAAACACUGACUCAGGCUCUAAUGUCACCAAACCAAGAUGUUCUGGUGAAUUUUCUAAAAGGAACAGUGAAUCUGUUGCAGUAUGUAUAUGGGGACACCUAUAAACAUCUGGCAGGUUCAUUUUUGAAACAAGAAAUCAAAGGUGGAGAUGCGCUCUCUGCCUACCUGACAAACCUGCUGGAAAACCUGGAUGUUUUCGUCAACACUAUCUCCCAGUUUCCUGACCAAAGCAUUGCUAACCCUAAUGUCAUGCUUCCCGUCAUCGGUCGCCUGCUGCAGUCCACCGGUCUGAAACCACUGCUGCCUCUUUUUUUGAGUGAUGGUCCACUCAAUGCCUCUUCAGUACUGGAUGUUGCCUCGAAGCUUGGCAGGCUCAACCAGCACAUUUUUACAUUCAAUGAGACAGACCCAACAAUGCCUGAACUGGAACGGUUGAUAAUGCAGUUUCUUUCCUUGGAGGGUAACCUCACCAUGUCUCUUCCUCACAUCAUGGGACACACACUGCUUACCUAUUCAGACUACUUCAACCCCGAGGAUGUAGCCCGUCUUAGAAAAGCCAUCCAGCCUUUUACCAACCAGACCUCAGCUGGCUUUGUGGAAGCCAUCCUUAGGGCCAUGGAGCUACUGAAGAGGGUGUUAGAUUCUCCAAACGGUGACCCAACUGACAUCAUUCUUGGGUACAUACAACAGCUUCAAGAAUUUGUGAUGUCUCUGUACAGACUGAGAAAAAUCCAACAUCUUCCGUUAUCAAGUGGGCAACUAAGAGCAGCACAAGUCACUGACCUCCACAUGCUCUCAAAGGACUUCCUUAGCCUUCUUACCCCAGAAGGCCUUAAGAACCUGACUCAGGCUGGACCAGAUGCUGCUCAGGACAUUGUUGCACAGAAAUUCAUAGCAUUCCUCCCAAAAGAGGUCCAACAGGAAGCUGCUCUCUUUCUAGAGGAUUUCAAAGUUCUGCAGUAUCACAUAAUCCAAUGUGCAGCAGGACAAAACUGCUUGGCUGGAGUCUCAGAAAUCUUCAUGUUCCUUGAUCAGAUAUUGGACCUGAUGCUUUCAGCUGACGGUUCUGUCAAUCUUACAUUAUCUGCUACCAACUCUGUGCUGAAGAAACAGGAGGAUGGGGAAAUUGCAUCCCUGGUCUUCUCUCUUCUCCUGUCCUCUGAUGAUGCUGCCUAUGUGGAAACAUUCAAACAGUUUCUUCAUUUCAUCCGAUUGAUCAUGGCUACACCAAAUAUUAGUGUGUCUGAUGUUCAGAAUGCUCUGCGACAGUCAAACCUAACCCUUGAGGAGCUGAACAACAUCGCUGCCCAAGCUGGAGCUGCCAACAUAAAUGACCUGAUGGUGGAUUUAAUGGAGAUUAUCAAAGUCCGCCAGUGCUUCGAACCACAGGAUAAGCCCAUGGUGACAGCCCAGUGUGUUAUGGGCCUGAUAAAUGGUGUCAGCAGUUUCCUGUCAAACCUACCGGUCCUCCGUAAUGAGACAGCCAUCCUCUCACUCAUUCCAUCAAUCGUGAAUAACACUAUCAGUGAUGUCCUCCAGGUUGAUUUCAGCCCCAAUCCUCAAAUGGUUAUCGCACACACCCUGAACAGCACCCUGGCCAACAUCAAGAUUAACAUCCAGCAGAACCACCUGUCAACUCCGGAGAUCAUGAAGGAAAUCAUGGUGAUAGAGGGUCUGAUACAAUUGAUCGCCAUCUCAGAACCCUUUGACAAUUUGAACUCCACCUUGAUGAUGGACCCUAUGUAUGCUCAGAAGGUGUAUCUGGAGAUCAUAGAAUGGUACUUCAAAAAACUGGAAAACAUCUCAAGUACAAGCUCAGUCUCAGAGCUUCUCCAUCCUUUUUUGUACCUCACACAAAUGCAAGUGACAUUACAGCUGACACAGGUGGAUUUCUCUUUGUUCGUCAGAAACCAGGUCGAGUUGUUGAUGAAUAUCCUUCAGAACCCAAUAGAUGCUGCAGGGAUUGGUCAAAUUGGCCAGACCACAGUUGAGCUUCUCCAACGUCUUUUUGAAUUGAUAAUGGUCAACCUAGAGACUCAGAAUGAAAUCCCAGGUACACAGUACACAACCAUUCUGCAUGUCACCAAGCUCCAAGUUCAGCAAUACAUCAACCUCAUACAAACAUGGAUGAAACAACCCAAUGUCCCGUUGGUCCUUGAAAGUAUGCUCCAAUGGGCAAACCCAUACAUAAAUAUCUCCACCCCUAUGACAGACAUCCAUCAACUGCUAGAGACAAUAGUCAAUUUUGUCAGUGCUGAUCAAAAGGCCUACCUCUCCAUCAUUAGGAAUAUCACACAGUCCCUAAGUAAAGCCCUAAUGGUGGCAGAGAAACCUGGUGGACUACAGAGUGAACAAUUUUCAGCCGCCAUCUUGGAAGCGAUCCAAAGUGCUUUGCAUAUCCUGAGCGCAGCCACAGGCCCCCUGCCGCCGUAUGUACAGCAGAACAUCCUGGAAAUUGUGCAAGACUCACUGAAGCUGAUUCUCGAACCAGACAUGAGUUUUGCCUCAUCACGUAACAUCUCCAUCCUCAUCCUCAAGAAAGCUGAGAACCUCAUUGAAGUGAUAAUACCACAGCCGUUUGCUGAAUAUGUGCUUGCUGUAGUCAAAUUAGCAACCACAUAUUUUGAGAGCAUCUCCACAGCCAAUGGACCAAACAGCUUGAAUCAGUUGAUUCUGGAUGAGAUAAAAACAGUGCAGAGCCUCCUGCCACCAAACAGCACAGCCCAGGCCUACAUCUCAUUCCUCAUUAACAGAAACCUCCUGGAAAUUGUGCAGGACUCACUGAAGCUGAUUCUCGAACAAGACAUGAGUUUCGCCUCAUCACGUAACAGCUCCAUCCUCAUCCUCAAGAAAGCUGAGAACCUCAUCGAAAUGAUAAUACCGCAGCCGUUCGCUGAAUAUGUGCUUGCUGUAGUCAAAUUAGCAACCACAUAUUUUGAGAGCAUCUCCACAGCCAAUGGACCAAACAGCUUGAAUCAGUUGAUUAUGGAUGAGUUAAAAACAGUGCAGAGCCUCCUGCCACCAAACAGCACAGCCCAGGCCUACAUCUCAUUCCUCAUUAACAGAAACAUCCUGGAAAUUGUGCAGGACUCACUGAAGCUGAUUCUCGAACCAGACAUGAGUUUCGCCUCAUCACGUAACAGCUCCAUCCUCAUCCUCAAGAAAGCUGAGAACCUCAUCGAAAUGAUAAUACCACAGCCGUUUACUGAAUAUGUGCUUGCUGUAGUCAAAUUAGCAACCACAUAUUUUGAGAGCAUCUCAACAGCCAAUGGACCAAACAGCUUGAAUCAGUUGAUUCUGGAUGAGUUAAAAACAGUGCAGAGCCUCCUGCCACCAAACAGCACAGCCCAGGCCUACAUCUCAUUCCUCAUUAACAGAAACAUCCUGGAAAUUGUGCAGGACUCACUAAAGCUGAUUCUCGAACCAGACAUGAGUUUUGCCUCAUCACGUAACAGCUCUGUCCUACUGCUCAAGAAAGCUGAGAACCUCAUCGAAAUGAUAAUACCACAGCCGUUUGCUGAAUAUGUGCUUGCUGUAGUCAAAUUAGCAACCACAUACUUUGAUAGCAUCUCCACAGCCAAUGGACCAAACAGCUUGAAUCAGUUGAUUCUGGAUGAGAUGAAAACAGUGCAGAGCCUCCUGCCAGCAAACAGCACUGCCCAGGCCUACAUCUCUGUCCUCAUUAAUGUCACUCACUCCAUCUUGGAGUCUAGCCAAGGCAACAUGAGUCUCUGGGCUAGUUUUGAGAGUCCAUCAGUCGAAAAUUUGCCCAUCAUUUUCAGCCAGAUUGGGAAACUCUUGAGCACGCUUUGGCCUCUUAUCAUGGGAGGCCCAGGGUUAAAUACAACUGCUCCAUCUCUGGAGGGCUUUGCUCAUCUUGCACCAGUCCUAGAAGAGGUGAUGACUGGAAAAGCAGACCAAGAAACAUGGGACAAAUUUGAAAAGGUACUAGAGUCCCUUCUGUCAACCCUCAACGAAACAGAGCUGUGGGACGGCACCCCAUCUGUUAUCCCACAGUUUGAGAAAGUCAUAAGAAGCUUGGUGAACACUGUGCAAGCACAGAACGUGAUGAUACAAAGCCUUCAGAUGCCUGUGGUGACCCUGAUGACAGAAAUUGCACAAUCUGUGAACUCCACUCAUUUUAACUUGUCUGAGAUCUCCCAAAGAAUGCAGCCUGCCAUUGAACACACGCUGGAGCUAGCUGAGCAGGCUAAUGGGACGUUGAAGUGCAGUGAAGUUCUCAAAGUAUGGGAGCCCAUAAGAGAGGCGGCAGGGCUAAGCCCCUCCACCAUGUCUAUGUGGUGUAACAUCAACCUGCAGCCUGUUCUUGAGGCCUAUGCUGAGGCCCAGACUGUCUACGCCCCCAUGAACAUGAGUCACAUGGGUGUGGGACCAAUGACUAUCAGCGCCACAGCGGCCAGGAUUGUCGAAAGUGUACAGUCGCUCUACCAUGCCAACAUCAACAGCUCAAUUGUGACACAGCAGCUCAUCAUGGUCAUCAUCAGCCAGCUCUCUGGGUUUUCAGGCAAGCCUCUGAGGCCUGAGGCAGAGCUUCACUGGUACAAGCAGCUCCAAGAUAUUCAGCUGCUAAACAGUUUGAAUUCUUUCAAAAUGCUCUCAGACGAGCUGGAAGACGCGGCCCCAUUCAUCCAGCCUUACACUGAUGCAUUAGAGGAAGCACUGAGCCACAUCCUGGGCAACUACCAUCUUAUUCAAAACAGCAGCUCAUCCGAAGACCUCUUCAGGGAAGCAGCAAUGAUCUUCCUCUCCUCUGCAAACAUAACGUUGGACAACGACUUCUCUGGACUCGAUGAAGCAUCUCUAACUAACAUGAUAAAGGUAGCAGUUGAAUGGAUGAUUGACAUGCAGAUAUUUGGGAAUGAGCCUAUGGUUUACCAAGCCUUGGAGCAGUUUCUGGUAUCCAACGAAUCAAGCAUGAUUGUGCAGAAGGUGUCUGACAUGGUUGCAUGGUUGGCCUCCACUCAAUCAUCUGGACUUGAUCUGCUGACUCAGGUUCUGCCUAAAAUCUACGAAAUCAUCAGGCCUCUCUUGUCUCUCCUGACCCAGAUGGGUAUGGACAUGUCAGAUAACAUGGAGCUGUUUGAAGACCUAGCUGGGAACAUAAUAGCAAUGCUCAGGCAGUUGGUAAGCACCAGUGGUCUUCUGUCCCCCAAGGAUCAAAGACCAGGUAUGUUUUCGCAUGGAAUGAGUGGUGGUAACCAUACAACGAGGGUCCGACACAGACGCGAGGCCCCAUCGAUGCUGGCAAGGGAUCCCAUGGAUGACUUCGUAGACCUGUUCUACAUCGACUACCCUACUAUGUUCAAAGCCAUCUCUGUUCCUGUGUCUACAAAUGAAAUCAUGGAGACAGUCCAUGUGUUCUUUGCCAAUCCUGAUAUGAACGUUGUGGUGAAGGGAGUUACAAGUAACAUGCCGUGGGGCUUGAAUGCCUCUCGGGAAGAUACCAUUGAUGCUGCCCUUGGCCUGCUCUCCUUUGUCACUCUGCCGGGCACGUUUCAGAUGUCAUCAAUGAAUCUUCUGUCAAAUGCUGCUGCAAUGCUUCCUGAUGGCUUACCAUUCUCCUCAGUGCUUAAAAAUAUCACCAGAGUGCUUGCCGGUGAAUCUCAAGAGAACCUAAUGCUCAUGCAAGAGACCAUCCAAACAGCCAUUGAGCUCUUCCAGAUCAACCUGACGGACCCACAAUUCACCGAGCAACUCAGCCACCUGGGAUCCAAGGUGUGUGCCGUGGAGCAAACAGAGUCCGUGCGUCUGCUGAUGUGGUCCCUCUCCAUGGAGCCUGGUCAGCUGUGUGACACUAUUCUACCGAGCCUGCAGAUGUUGGUUGAGAGUCUGAUGAUGAACACAUCCUAUCUGAACGAUGCCAUCUUCCAGACUGUCAUCGGAGAACCUAAGACCUACAAAAUCGAUUCCGACUGGUCCUCUCUGUUGAGUCAAGGAUUGGGCUUUAACCCCAGCAACCUGACCUCUUUAAACAUUAACAUCACUGCGCCAGGAGUGGUGACAGUCGGUGAGAUGCUGAGGAAUAAAACAGCCUUCCUCAUUGAUGUUCAGAAACACAUGGAUUUCGAUCCAGCUGGUCUGCACCUGUUGAUGGAAACGAUAUUACCAAACAACAAUUUAGAGAUCCUGUCCUGGUUGGUCAACCUGCGUCAUUGCAGCUCCACAGCAGCUUUGAAAAUGAAAGAGACAGAUUUCGAAAUAUUGAAGACCUUCUGCUCCUUGUCUGUUGAUCAGUGGUACAGCUUCUCAAUGCUGAUGGCUCGCCAUCUCAACAUGGAGAAACUCAUCUACCGAAUGGUGUUGUCUGAAGAAUUGCAAGGCCUGUUUGGAGUGAUGCUCCAGAUGGCUGAGGUUAUAACCAACAUGAUGAACACGUUUCUUCCUGCCGUCGGUCAGCUUCAAUCCUUCAUGCUCUCCAUCCAAAACCUCAACCUGGGGGCCAACAAUGAAUUUGACCAAAUGGUAAGAGGACAGAGGUCAAGCAUCUCCAGCAAAGCUACAUUUGUCACCCUUUCUCGAGCGUUGUGCAGUAAAGGUAUCCUGGCACUGUUCGGAGCGUCUAAACUCUCCGCCAUCAUGGAAUCAAACUCCUCCUACCCCGACCAGGGCAGGAGGGGGGAGAUGAUUGAGAGGUUCAAGAUCCCACAGGAUGCCUCUCCCUUCUGUAUGAACAUGUACCUGGAUAUGGUCAACACCACAGGUGGAGCCAUCGCCUGGGCCUUCCUCAAACCAAUGCUGAUGGGUCACAUUUUGUAUACCCCUGACACACCUGUCACCAGGGCCAUAAUGGAGAAGGCUAAUUCCACCUUGCAUGAGUUUGGAAAUCUAAGGAAGUACUCCGAGGACUGGAUUGAAUCGUCCAACUACCUUUUGAAGUCUGCCGUGUUACUCAGCCAAACUUUGCCAAUGCUGCAGAAUUCCCUCGGCAAUUCCUUUGUUCAGAGAUUCAUUGAGAUGCAGACUGACAUCAAUGUCGACACAAUGAAGGAGACGCUCAGCAACUUCUCUAACAUGACGGUCAUGCUGGAGAAAAACAAACACAUAAUGAAUCAGGUCACCACCUUGUCCACCCUGAUGGUGAACCUCUCCUCCUGCAUCACAUUUGAUCGUUACCGUGGCUACGACUCUGCUGAUGAGCUCAACGCUGCAGCUCAGCACCUUGCCAAAAACCGGGAUCUCUACGCAAGUGUCAUCUUCAAGCUUCCCAAAGACAAGGACAAAUCCAACAAGCGUAAUGCCAGGGCUUCCUCAUCCACAUCCACCCUGCCUCCUAAAGUCAGCUACACCAUCCGCAUGCACAUGGACAACGUGAUGCGUACAGACAGGGUCCGUGACCCCUAUUUUAUGAAAGACCACCACAUCUCGGCCCGACGGACGCUCCGCUACAACCGGGGCUUUGUGUACCUGCAGGAGAACAUCGAUCGGGCGAUCAUAGAGACCCAGACUGGACAGAGAAUUGCAGAGACAGCUGUCCAACUGCAGCCCUUCCCCUACCCCUGCCACUACAGGGAUGAGUACCUGGAGGCCAUCUCUUUUGUCUUCCCUCUCAUGUUGAUGAUAGCCUGGUUGUUGUUUGUGGCUGAUUUUGUGAAGAAACUGGUGCACGAGAGAGAGCUGAGACUGCAUGAGUACAUGAAAAUGAUGGGAGUCAAUCCGCUCAGCCAUUUCUUUGCUUGGUUCUUGGAGUGCGCCUCCUACUUGGUGCUGACCGUCUCCAUCCUCACGCUGGUGCUGAAGUACGGCCACAUUCUGCCCCACAGCGAUGGCUUCCUCCUCUUCUUGUACCUCUGCAACUACAGUUUGAGCAUCCUGUCCUUCAGUUACCUGGUCAGCUCCUUCUUUGACAAGACUUACAUCGCCGGCCUCAGCGGCAGCCUUCUGUACAUCCUCUGCUUCUUCCCCUUCAUUGUGGUCUUGGCCAUGGAGACAGAUCUCACCUUUUCCCAGAAGAGCGCCUUGAGUUUGUUCUCCCCAACCUGUUUCAGUUAUGCCAGUCAAUAUAUCUCUCGAUUCGAGUCCCAAGGAGAAGGCAUCCAAUGGAGUAACUCAUACACCUCGCCCAUACCUGGAGACACGGCUUCAUUCGGUUGGCUGUGCUGGCUGAUGCUCAUCGACUCCAUUCUCUACUUCAUCCUUGGGUGCUACAUCCGAAUGGUCUUCCCAGGGAACUAUGGCAUCGCUUCCCCAUGGUACUUCCCAUUGAAAGCCUCCUUCUGGGCCGACCUGUGCUGUUGCCUUAGGUCAAACAGUAAGGUGGGCCGAGGACUCCUCUUCACCAACAUCAUGCAGAAAAACCAGCCUGUGUUCUCCGAUGACAAGGGAAAAGGCCAGAACACUCUUUCCUCUCAGAUCGGGGAGGAUUUCUCAGAGCUACCAGUGGGCGUUGCCCUCCAUGGUCUCAGCAAGAAGUAUGGUGACCAAGUAGCUAUCCAAAACCUUAAUGUGUCCUUCUACGAGGGCCAUGUCACCUCACUACUUGGUCACAAUGGAGCCGGCAAAACUACUACCAUGUCUCUCCUGACUGGCCUUUUCGCCCCAACUUCUGGCACCAUCGAGGUGUACGGCAGAGACAUGCAGACCAACAUUGAUGACAUUCGCAAAGAGCUAGGAGUGUGCAUGCAAUAUGACGUCCUCUUUGACCACAUGACCACCAAGGAGCACCUCCUGCUGUAUGGCCAGAUCAAGGCCCCACACUGGUCACAAAAGGAACUGCGUGAACAAGUCCGCACGAUCCUAGAGGAGACAGGCAUGUACGCUCACAGACACAAGCUGGUGAGCACAUUGUCAGGAGGCAUGAAGCGCAAGCUGUCAAUCUCCAUCGCCUUCAUAGGGGGUUCUCGCUUAGUUGUUUUGGAUGAACCCACCUCAGGAGUCGAUCCAUGCUCCAGGCGCAACAUCUGGGACAUUGUUAUCCGGCACAAGAAACGGCGCACUGUCAUUAUGUCCACUCACCACCUGGAUGAGGCCGAAGUACUUAGCGACCGCAUCGCUUUCCUGGAGAGAGGCGGAUUAAAAUGCUGCGGAUCCCCCUUCCACCUGAAGGACAAGCUGGGUCAGGGCUACAAACUCACCCUAACCAAGAAGGUUCAGAACCUAGAGUCUGAGCGGAUUGACGAUGCUGACCUGAAGGUCUUUAUCCAAGCUCAUGUACCUGAAGCCAGACUGAAGGAGGCCCAGGGUGGCGAUCUGGUCUACUCACUGCCCCCCUUUAACUCAUCCAAUGCUUCCUCCUACCGCUCCCUCCUUACUGCGCUGGACGCCAACCUGGACACUCUGCAGCUGGGAGGCUAUGGCAUCUCUGACACCACCUUAGAGGAGGUGUUCCUCCAGUUGACUCAUGGAAACACAGAAGAUGGGGCUGAGGAUGGGCCGCUGUCUAUCUCAGAGACGGUUUCUGACACUGAUUCCAUUGACAGCUUCCCUUCAGACUCCAGUGGAAGCAUUUACAACUUUGGUGACAAGAUCAAGCUUACCGGAUCAUCCACGAUGAGCGGCAUUGCACUGGCCUGGCAGCAGAUGACAGCCAUACUGGUGAAGAGGUUCCACCACAGCCGCAGAGACUGGAAGGGCCUGAUCUCCCAGAUCCUGCUCCCUGUGCUCUUCAUGGUGUUUGCUAUGGGCCUGGGCUCCAUCAAGAGCGACUUGCAGCACUACCCUGAGAUGGAGAUCAGCCCUGCGCUUUACAACUUAGGACCGAGCUACUCUUUCUUCAGUAAUCAGAACCCCAGCACCUCUCAGCUGACAGACACCAUGUUGUCAUACCCCGGACUCGAUAACGCCUGCCUGGACAAGUCUAAUAACCCGGUGUGCACAAGAAGCACGAGCAGCUGGAGUUCCAUGGGGAACAGCUCCAAAGCAUUUAGUGUCUGUAAAUGCAGCCGUCAGGAACAGGUUUGUGAUGUGGACAACUUCCAGCCCCCCCAUAAAAAGAUCCCCUCAUCUCAGACUGUGUAUAACCUCAGUGGCAUCAAUGUGGAGAAUUACCUGGUGGCAACAGCAAAUGAUUUCAUCCGAAACAGGUAUGGUGGCUUUUCUUUUGGCGAGACACUCCCUCAAGACUUACAAAUGGAUUUAACAGCAGUGCCCAAAAACCGUACGCUGUCUAAGGUCUGGUACAACCCAGAGGGCCACCACACAAUGCCGGCAUACUUGAACAGCCUCAACAACAUCAUCCUGCGCUCCAAUCUUCCAGCAGACAAGGAUCAACGAGAAUAUGCCAUUUCAGUUUCCAGUCACCCCUAUUUCGGCCGAGCGGAUGAUGAAGAUUCAAUUGUCCAGGGAAUGCUCCAGAUCAUGGUGGCUAUGUGUGUGCUGACGGGCUUUUCAAUCACCAUAGCCAGCUUCGCCAUCUAUGAAGUCAGCGAGCACCACAGUGGCUCCAAGAGGCUCCAGCACAUCUCUGGCAUCAGUGAACCCAUGUACUGGGCUGUGAACUUCUUUUAUGACAUGGUCGUGUAUUUGAUCCCUGUGACCUUGACUGUAUGUGUGAUCGCAGCCUUCCAGAUUCCAGCGUUCACAGAGCAGCAGAAUUUGGGUGCUGUCACCCUGCUUCUGGUUCUCUUUGGGUUUGCUACCUUCCCCUGGAUGUAUCUUUUAUCAGGCAUCUUCAAGGAUGCAGAGAUGGCCUUCAUCGCCUAUGUGUGCAUCAACCUCUUCAUCAGUAUCAACACCAUCAUGUCCACCUCCAUCCUGUACUUCCUGAGUCAAAUUUCAUCCAGAAACGCUGAGGUCAUCCAGGAGAUCUUCAGGAGGCUGAGCGACGCCUUCCUAAUCUUCCCCCAGUUCAACUUUGGGAACGGGCUGAUGAAACUGGCCAGGAUCAACCUCGAAGUCCAGCUGCUCAGUGGCUACGGCAUUGAUGCCUAUAAGAACCCAUUCUCCAUGGAUGCCUUGGGUUGGAUGUUCGUCGCCUCCUUCAUCGAGGGCAUGGUCUUCUUCGCCCUGCGCCUCCUGCUCAACAGGUUCCUUAUACGCAAAGUCAGGAAUCUGAUCUUUGGCAGAAAGACGGUGCCUCAGGUGCCUUGCGAGAACGAGGAUGAGGAUGUUGUUGCCGAGCACCAACGGGUCUCCAGUGGAGCAGCCAGUUCAGACGUACUGCAGGUCAACCAGCUGAAUAAGGUCUACCAACAUCUCAAGAAGAAGGUCCAUGCUGUCAAGAAGAUCUCUGUGGGCAUCCCUGCAGGAGAGUGUUUUGGCCUUCUGGGAGUAAAUGGAGCUGGAAAAACUACCACCUUCAAGAUGCUGACUGGAGACGUGAGCCCAACGGACGGCACAGCACAGAUCAGGGACAGGGAUGGGCGCUUGGUAGACAUCAUGGAGUGCCGAAACGAGGGAAUUAACAUCGGCUACUGUCCCCAGGUGGAUGCAUUGGACAGUCUGCUCACCGGAAAAGAGCACUUGUACUUCUACGCUCGCAUUCGAGGCAUCUCAAAGAAGGAGAUAGACAGGGUGGUGAACUACCUGCUGAAGAGGCUGGAGCUGGCCUACCAUAAAGACAUGAUUACUGAUGGUUACAGUUGCGGCACCCGCAGAAAGCUUUCCACUGCGCUGGCUCUCAUCGGACAUCCUAAAAUCCUUCUCCUGGAUGAACCGAGCUCCGGCAUGGACCCUCGCACAAAGCGUCACCUGUGGAAAAUCAUCUCUGAAGAAGUGAAAGGAAAAUGUGCCGUGGUCCUCACCUCUCACAGCAUGGAGGAGUGUGAGGCACUAUGCAGCCGUCUUGCCAUCAUGGUGAAAGGUCAGUUCUGCUGCCUGGGCUCCCUGCAGCACAUUAAGAACAGGUUCGGCAGCGGGUUCACUGUGAAGAUGUACUUGGCAGAGGCCUCCUGCGACGCUGAGGCAAUCACUGUCUUCAUGCGAAGUCGAUUCCCCAGCACUUAUCUCAAGGACCAGCACUCCACAAUGGUUGAGUACCACGUACCAAUUGCUCCAGGAGGGGUGGCUGACAUCUUCGACCAGCUGGAGACCAACAAGAAUGCUCUGCAGAUCAAACACUUCUCUGUGAGCCAGACCACACUAGAUGAGGUCUUCAUCAACUUCGCUCAGGGAAACAUCGCCAUGGAAUCCCUUUCAAUGAGCAGUGAAGACGGAUCUGAUGACCUUGCCUCCAUCAAGGCAGUAGAAAUGUAGAAAUGCCAUUUUUUCCUGCUAUUUUGUCUGCGUCUACUGCGAAAUUAAAUACUAUCUGUUUAAAGUAAAUCUGCUCUUAAAAUAUAUGGUGACAUUUCUUUUUAAGGUUUUAAAAGUAAUGAUUAUUUCUUGAAAGUGUCCUGAUUGAUCCCAUACAGGGUAACAUACAUGUUUAUACUUAGCAAAAUAAAAUAGAAAAUGACACAUUCACAUUUGCAUACAUGCGCAAAUAAAAAAUGUUGAUUCAUGAAGUUUCCUGUUCCAGUUUCACACCUGUUUACCUUCUAUUAUUUGCGCCUCAUUAUUUAUGAAGGAUAACAUUAUUUGUGUAGGCUAUUAUUUUCUCUCAUUAGUUGGGCCAUUGUUUUACGCAAAUGAAGAAAGCUGUAUUUACUAUUUAAAAUCAUUUACAUUUGAAUUUAUUGUUGGGGAAACAUAAUCUUAAAGCAUUCAUACAGCAAAUAUACCUAUUGUGUAAAAAAUGUUAUGUUAACUCUAAUAUACAUGUCAUUUGUGCCUACUAUCAAAAGGACAUCCUGAAUGUGGACUUUUUUCAUGAUUAUGGACCAAUUUUUACGAUUCCAAUAAAGCUAUUUUUAAAUGUG